UUCCGUGGAGACAGCAGAGCCUGCGGAAGGCGGCGGCGGCGGCACCUGCGAGUGGAAGCUGGGGCAGGGCAUGGUUGCGCCCGCCGCGCUGUGAGAGCGGAGCGGCCGCCGGGUCCGCCAUGCGCCGGCGGCGCUGACAUGGGCGCCAGCGGCUCCAAAGCUCGGGGCCUCUGGCCCUUUGCCUCUACUACGGGGGGCGGCGGCCCAGACGCGGCAGGCGCUGAGCAGUCUUUGGUGCGGUCUCGAGCCCGAGCAGUGCCUCCCUUCGUAUUCACGCGCCGCGGCUCCAUGUUCUAUGAUGAGGAUGGGGAUCUGGCUCACGAAUUCUAUGAGGAGACGAUCGUCACCAAGAAUGGGCAGAAGCGAGCCAAGCUGAGGCGGGUACAUAAGAAUCUGAUUCCUCAGGGCAUCGUGAAGCUGGAUCCUCCCCGAAUCCAUGUGGAUUUCCCUGUGAUUCUCUAUGAAGUAUGAGCCUGUGGCAUGGCAGACACAAGCACCCACUGCCCCAGCAAGAAACUCCCAGGAUCAAGGUGUAGCUUCCAUUCAGGAGUCCAGGCUGGUGCCACAACCCUGAAUAAACUAAACUCCGUUGGCCCAGAA